AUGAGAUACAUAACAGAAUUUAAUAGUGAGAUAUUUAAUGACUAUGCAGUUGAUAAUAUAAAAUAUAAGAGUAGAAAAAGUGGCAAAUUUAACAAAAUUGUAGGAGUUUAAAGAAGUAUUAAAUGCAAAUUAAUUUAGAUAUUUAGAAAUAAUCAGAUUAUAAUAACUUGUUAUAUAAAAGAUUAUAGCUUAAUUUAAAGUUGAUAAGCCAAGCUCUAUUUUGUUUAUCUUUGGAGAAACAUGAAAUUAAUAAGAAAUUGGAAAAUGAAGUUGGUAGCAAAAAACCAUCCAGGCAGUAAUUAGCCAGCUGA